AUGAGCGAAUCGUCAUCACUCACCAAGAGAAAUCGAUCAUCGUUCGAAAGCGAUGACGAAAGUGAUAACAACGAGAGUGGCUACUCAUCAGACUCUGAACCGGAAGUGGAAGAUCAUGAUGAAUCAAAGAGGCUUGAGGAAGAGUUUUCUAGUUUAGUAGUCGUUUCUCAGAGUGAGUUGGACACCAUGGAACAGAGGCUUUCUUCAAAUCCGAUGGCUUACUAUCGUGAAUGGCUCGAUUUGAUCAAACAAUAUAGAUUCAGAUAUUAUGCAAGCUCCAAGAAUAUUUCUAAUAAGAAUACGACAGACCUUCCGAAAUCAUAUUCAUCAUUAACAAAUGAAAAAACAUACAUGAACGUUUCAGCGUUUGAAAAAUUGAGGCAAAUUAGAUGGAGCAUGUCCGAUCAGGUUCCUCUGGGAGAGAAGAGAUGGAAUGAAUGGCUCAAAGAAGAAGAGGAAUAUCUGGAGGACAUGUGUUUUUCUACAAAUUCAAAGAUGCUCAUCGGCACCGAUAAUUCAUCAAACUCAAAUAUUGAUAACACCAGGAACACCAUUUUGUUAAUUUAUGAAAGGUGUUUGUUGUGGGAGAAUCCUUCAUACAAAAACAUUGCUGACCAAUACUGUAAUUUUAUUUUGAAAUAUUACGAAGAGGAUUCAAAGAAUGAACAAUUUAUUGAGGACUCAUUUAAUUUUAUAUUUGAAUUAAUUGGAUUUAAGCCUUCUAUUUGCGACUUAUUCUUGGAAUAUUUGCAGAGAAAAGAAGAGGAGAACGUAUCCGAAAAAAAAAUGUGGAACCAAAAAAUCCGAAAUUUGUACAGAAUGCAACUCGAAAUUCCAUCUCAAAAUGUGUUUAAUGUGUGGAAUAGCUACGUGUCUUGGGAAAAAAACUCUAGCGACGAGGUGACUGCUGAAAACAAUAUACAAGAAAUGAAUGUUUUAAAAGUAAGAUGUAUGAAGGAGCUCGAGUUAAGGCUCAGUCUUGAGACAGAUCUUUCUCAAUCAGAUGAAACCAAUAAGCAAACGAACUAUCUAAACUAUGUAGAAUUUGAAGAGACAAAAUAUCAAGAAUGUAAAAACUAUUUGCAAACUUUUUAUACCGAGCAGGCUCCAACUCUUGACAUGAGCUUUGAAGAUUUGUCCGCCUUAUUGAGAGUUCAAAAAAGUAGAGUUGUUGAAUUGCUCAAAAAAGGGUCAUUCGAUUGUUGGAAGAGCGAACAAAUGUGGCAGAAAUAUUUCUCCUUCCUAGUUGCUGAAAGAUCAUAUGCUCAAAUAUUUACCUAUAUCCCAUUUGAAACAUAUGUUUCAAAAUUUGAAGAGAUUGUACCCGCAGAUCAGCUUAAUACUAUUGUGCAAGCAUGUGUGACAUCUUUCGUGGCUACAAAAAAUAAUCCUUGGAGCUCUACAUUAUGGAACAAUGUAUUGAUUGGACUUUCCUAUUUAUAUGAAACCUUGAAUCUCAACUCAACCUCUAUCACACAUUUUACAUCUAAAUUUUCUGAAUUGAUACAAAAUAUAAUGUAUCAUAGAGUUCUUGGCGGUUUAAACUGCUAUGCCAAUGACUUGGGUUACAAAGAUUUUUAUCAAGUAUUCUCCUGUUACUGUACAGUUAUGGCUAGGUUAAACAGAUUCCUUUUCUCUCAAAGUGUGAAUUAUACAAAUAGCGGAAUUACCAUACAAGACUUACCUAUCUGCCAACAGGAGGUGUUUACCGCAGCUGAACAAGGAUUUGAAAAUCUCAUUGGAUACAUGAAACAAUAUUUUGAAAAGGAUGAUUCAAAGACCUACUUGUUAGAGUUGCAGUACACAGAAUUCAUGUUAGAGAAUGAACAAGUAUUACGUGCCAAAGAGUUAUUUGAACUACAUAUCCUGCAAGCGAGCGAUUAUAAGAAAGACAUCAAAGUCUGGUAUGAGUAUAUACAGCUACUAGAGCGUUUAAAUUGGUUUUCAAUUGCUGCUGAGAAUGCACUUCAUGCAAAAACUUCUAGUAUUAGAGAUGCGUAUUUGGAAGGUGUUAAAAAUAUUGAAUCAAUAUCCAAUCGAAAAACAUUCAUCAAAUCAUGGAUUCUAUUUGAAAAAUGUAAUUGUGAUUCGUUAGAUACAGUUAUCAUGGCAGAAAAAGCAUUUGAAAAAAUCACCGUUGAAGAAGCUCAAACCAAAAAAGAGAAGAAGGAAGGAAAACGAAAGGAAAAAAUUGAAUUAAACAAGAAGGAAAAGACACAACAAACAACUACAGCAGAAGCCACUAAGGAUCAACACCCAGAAAAGCCAAAGAAGCCAAGGAAAGAGAAGGAAAACGCUGAACCAAAAUCUAAAAAGGUGAAAAUUGAAGAAAAUAUUGAUGACACAACUACAGGCUCCGCAACUUUACCAGAAAAAACAGAAGAAGGAAAUAACGAAAGUAAGACACACAAAAGCCACAACGUAGUACUUUGGAACUUACCCUACAAGAUGAAAGAAGAUGAGCUGCGUAUGAUUUUCCAAAACGAAUCAUUCGAACCUAAACGUGUGACACUUGUCAAGAAACAAAAUGGGUCAUCAAAAGGAAUGGCUUUUGUUGAGUUGACCGAUGAUUUGUCACUUCAAAAUGCGAUCCAAAAGUUUAAUGGCUUCAAGAUUGAUGAAGAAGGUCACGCUAUUCAUGCCUCAGAAGCAGACCCAAAUAAGAUGAAAAGAAUUUUACACAACCAGAAGCAGCUUGAAAAGCACAAAGGAGAUCGUGCUCCACCAAAGUUCAAACCAAGUGCUGAAAGACAAACCUCGUUUGUGGCUUCGGCACAACCACAACCAACAGCAUCAAAUGUACCAACCAAAAAACCUGCCUUUAAACCUAGAAACGUCAAGCCAGUGUCACACAGCUCAAAGUCAACAGGUUCGACUCGACCAACAUCAAAUUCUUCACCAGCUGGUGCCAGUAACAUCACACCAAAUAGUGCUGGACAAAGCGUCGGAGGAUUGAGCAACGAUGAUUUCAAACGUUUCUUACGCCCAAAUGAUAAUACUCCUCAAAAACAGUAA